AUUUGUAUGUUUUACAUACCUCGGCAUUUUCCUUAUUCGGUUUAUUCAUCAGGUUUUAAGGCCUCAGGCAUUAACUAGUAUUCUAAGGCAAGAAUGCUAACGUAAUCUACCUGUAGAGCGGUACAGUCGGGUCUGCAGAUAAUCCGGCAGCGAUGCUAUCGGAUCCGAGGAUCGAGAGAGAAAGAGAGACUGCUAUGAAGCUAUAUGGACAAAUGGAGUUGUACUAUGGAACAAUCUGGUUAUUGUACAGGAUCCUGAUCGGUAUGAAGAACCGGAAUCAGGGAAAAAUGCUCUUAUCUAAAGAGUGUGGUGGAGCUCGCGAGCGAUCCAAUAAUAUAUGGUGUUUUGGGGUGCGCCGCUCGGUGGUGGAUUACUCGCGCCCCUAUCAGUGGCGACCCGAUCCCGCGAUCAGUUAAAGACGUCCAGACCACAGUUGGGCGAGUUUUCAAUGCGAGCAUUUCCAUAGUCGUUGAUCAGCCUUUACUACCGAAAGCAUUCGGAAGAUUCGGUC